AUGCGGGGCCUCCCUGCUACUGCAGAUAAGGAGGUGGUCCGCUUGCCUCCACCCCAGAGAGAAGGGUUACAUCUCCUGGGUCUAGGAACGGUUUGCCCCUCUGGGGGCAGGGGUACCUUGACCUGGGAUAUAGAGUUGGGUCUUAGACUCAACCUCUCUGGGAACAUCUCAGGCUCUUGGAGGUAUAUCCGCUCACCACACUUCCUGCCGGUGGCCGAUGCCCUCAGACAUUGGUGUGUUGGUGUGUUGGUGGUUCUUGGUUUCUGGGGCUGGGCGCUCAUGUCAGCUAUGGAUACUCGGCUGCGAGAAUUUUUAACAGAGCGCAAAGUUGAAGAAGAUGCGAUCAAGAAACUUGAAGAUGAGAAUAUUGAUGAAACUGUCAUUCCAUUAAUGACAGACAGUGACCUGGCAAAGUACAUCCCCAAAGUUGGAGAUAGAGUCUCCACUGUGGCCUUCUGCAGACAACUGAAGAAGUGUCUUAGAAUACAUCUCUUGACACGGACAUCACCAUCCAGGAAAGAAUCUAUACUCUCAAGGCUACAACAAAGACUGACAGGAGCUGAGGGAAUGCCUUCUAAAAAGAGAUUGUCUCAGUGGGCAGAAAAUACAAAUGCAAAACGAACAGUGAGACGAAUUGAGGUUGGCUGGAUGGAUUUUGAUGAGGAGAAGGACGGGUUCAAACAGGUGAAGUCUGUAAGUGGUGGUGGAACAAGGCAUUUAUCUGUAGAUAAAAAUGAAACAGUGUCAAAUAUCAAACUUAUGGCUGAAAAUCUUUUUUUCCCCAAUGGCAUCUCAAAAAAACCCAAAAGUCUUUCACACUAUUCAACUCAUAUUGAGAGCUCACAGAUGCAUGUGGAUGCUUCCAGUACAGUUGAUGAGUUUUAUUUUUUAUAUGACCAAAGUAAGGUCAAAAUUCUGCGACUUUAUCUGUGUACCAGAAAGAAAACACAACAGCAGCCCCAAGAUGUAGAGGCCGAUCAUGCAAUAACCCAGCCCUCUGUGGUAGAUCUCACUGACAAUGAACGUAAUCAGGCCGCUGAUGAUCUGUUGGUGGAAAACAUAAACUCAGAACCAUCAAACCACUUUCUAAUUAACGAUGGAGCUUCCAUAAGUGGAUAUUUGGAACUGAAUGACACAUUACCAUGGGAUGGUCUGCCAAAUCUGCAGGAAGCAGCAAACAGGUCAUCGUCAGAGGCCGAGAUGGUGAUUAAGUUUAACAUUGUCUAA